CGAAGAAGAGCACUACGGAAGUGAGAGACUCUGUCCUGCUUAAAAUUGUUAUUUGGGCGUCCUGCCGCAGCCUUUUGUACCCACAUAGUGUCCCGCCUGCUUGUCCGCGUCUUCAUGUCGAAUUCGAGUUUCCAGCAGCUCCAAGCGACCGUCAACGAGCGUCUUUGCGCGGCCGCCGAGGAGAUCUUCCAGGCGGUCAAAGGCACCAUCGUCGGCUUGGAGGAGGAGCUGCGGCGCUCCAAAGCGGAGCUCGAGCGCUAUCGAAAACACGCAGAACCCGACGAUCCCGAGCAGCGGCGCAGGUCUGCCGUCCCGCAACAAGAUGGAGCCGAGUCGCACGAUACGGACUGGACAGCGCCGCUGGAGCAGGACUCCCCCCGCGACCAGCUGGCGAGCGGUUCGCAGGGGGAGCGAACGGCCAACUGUAACGGCAAGGCAGACUCGCACCAGGAAGUGGCGUACCAGAACAAGGAUGACGUCGGAGCCUCUCCGGUCUUUCUUCCAAAAUCUUCUUUUGGAAUCACUGGGUCCCCGGGCAGCGACGAGGAGUGGCUACCCAACGACGAGGAGCGACUAUCCAGCGACAAGGAGCGACUUGUUAAUAAAGCGGCGGCGAAAGCCAAGGCCACCUUCAGCUGCAAAGUGUGCGGGAAGAGCUUCCGAAGCGUCACCUCCCUGGCUAAUCACGGCGAGGCGCACCCAAAGGGCGUGUGCGGCGUCUGCGGCCGCCGCUUUGACUCUGAGGAGAGCUUCGACCGGCACGUGCGCACGCACGUUAAGGGCAGCGUCUGCGGCGUUUGCGGCAAAGGCUUCGGCACGGCCAAGGCGCUGGAGACGCACGUUCGCGUGCACACGGGCGAGAAGCCCUUCGCCUGCGACCACUGCGAGAAGGCCUUCAACUGUCAGCAAAAUUUGAGCAGACACUUGCGCAGGCACACGGGAGAGAAACCCUACGCUUGCCAGGUCUGCGGACAGCAAUUCAGCGACCACUCCACUCGGAAGCGCCACAUGCUGGCGCACGGGAACGAGGCGGCCCGGGUGGAGGCCGCCGCUGCCGCCGCCAGACAGCCCAGGAGAUGCGCGGUGUGCGCCGUGUGCGGCAAGUCCUUUCGCUCUGCCGUUUCUCUGCUCAACCACGCCGCGGGCCACCCCACCCGUUGCGGGGUUUGCGACGCCCCGGUCGACGACCUGAAGGCGCACUUGCAGACGCACGUCGGCGGCAGGCCCUGCCAGGUGUGCGGCAAGCGUUUCGACGGCGCUCGCGACCUGGACACGCACAUGCGGGUGCACACGGGCGAGAAGCCCUUCCAGUGCAGCAAGUGCGGCAAAGCCUUCAACUGCUACCACAACAUGACGCGCCACGUGCUGGUGCACACGGGGGAACGUCCGUACGCCUGCCACGUGUGCCGCAAGCGCUUCAACGACCGCUCGGCCAGGGGGCGCCACCUGCUGACGCACCGCCGGGACAAAAAGCCGCGCGCGCCCGCGCCCCGGGCCGAAAAAAACCGCGUCAUGUGCGUGGUGUGCGGCCGCGCCUUCUGGUCCCUGGUCUCGCUGAUCAACCACUCGGCCGGCCACCGGGACGACUGCGGCGUAUGCGGCGCCCGCGCCGACGACCCCGAGCGGAUGAGGGCCCACCUGAUGACCCACAACAAGGGAAAGGCCUGCGAGUCGUGCGGCAAGUGUUUCGACAGCCGCAGGGACCUGGAGACGCAUUUGCGGAUACACACGGGCGAGAAGCCCUUCGCCUGCACCGUCUGCGAGAAAACCUUCAAUUAUCGUCACAACAUGAUGCGCCACAUGCGGACGCACACGGGCGAAAAGCCCUAUGCCUGCGUGGCCUGCGGACGCCGCUUCGCCGACCGCUCUGCUCUCAAGAAGCACGGCGCCGUGCACACGGGCGACCGCCGGCUCCGCGGGAAGACCCGCGAAAAACGUGGGAGACCUUCAACUUGACGCGGAAAGUCACGGGGCGUGCCGUUGAACCGCCCAGAACCCGGCCGGGUGAGAGAUGUUCGAUAUAUUUGUUGUCUAAUCUGUUGCCUAAUCUAUUCACUGCCAGCAGCUGUGUUUUACAUGGACAAAAUUUCUUUAAUCCGAUCGGUUGAUUUUUCUGAAAUAGGGAAAAAGUUUGGAUGCCCUUUUUUGUAAACAGUGGAAGCGUAUUGCAAAAAAAAAAAAUGUUGAUCCGUCCAAAUAAACAGAGGUGGGUAAUAACGCGUUGCAUUUACUUACAUGAGUAACUUUUAAAAAAAAAAAAAUUACCUCUUUUUAGUAGUAGUAGUAGUCUGUGGUGUCAUUAGGCCACCAAAAAUAGCGUACCUAAGGUGGAUGACUUCGAUGUGAGGCAGCGCUUCUAUGAUCUGAGAGGAGUCUGAUUCAGACCCGGCGGCAUGGGUGGGCCAGGCCCGCCCUGAGAGACUGCUGUGCCGGCCCUAGCUUGAUUAGACUGUAUUGUGUACCGUAAUUUCCCGAAUAUAAGGCGCACCCGUGUAUAAUGCGCACCCCAAAUUUACUUGUAAAAUCUAGGGAAAAAUAUUGUACCCGUUUAUAACGCGCACUAGAGGUGUGCAAAAUUUCCGAUUCGUAGAUUAUUCGCGAUUCGGCCGUGGAAGAUUCGAGAACGAUUCACAAACAUCCAAAUUCCAAUUAUUGAAAUAUGCCAAGUAAAGCGGAAGUAAAUCACACUCAGCGCGCCAUGCGGUCUUCAGGACGCAAUGAGGAACGGAGCGAGAGUAGCUAAACAUCAUGCUUCUCAUUACCCGUCCUCUCGGGUAAUGCCAAUGCUCAACUCACGGCUCUAGCUCAACUCAUGCCACGAGAUAAAAAAAACACAACAACAUACCUGACUGCUGCCGAAAAGCUCCUACAAAGUACGUCAUCCACAUAAUGUUACGGUAGAUAUCAUGUAUAUAGGACUAGAUGCACUACAGAAUCGGUAGCGGUAGCAGCACAUCUACAAAAAGCUAGAUGCAGGCGUUAGUACACGGCCGCCAUCUUAAAGCAGUACACUUCCCUGCAAGGCUGUUGUAGCGAACCUUCCAAGCGAACCUAAUUAACUUUUUAUCUAAAAUACUCCUAAAUCGGUAAAAUAUUGACUUGAAUCUAUCUUUAAAAUAGUUUUAAAACUUUCACCUGUCGAAAGUAGACAAAAGGGAAAUUAUGGAAUAACAGGAGCAAUUUUAACAACUUUAACGGUUGAUUCACAACAUUAAUUGAAUGUAGUUUAAAGCUGCUGUUACGGAAUCAAUCAAUCAAUCAACUUUAUUUGUAUAGCACAUUUAAAAAUCCGCCAAGGAGACCAAAGUGCUUUACAUAGCAUAACACAGCAAAAUAAGUCAACUUUGAAAGAUAAAACAAACACAUAAAAUAAAAUAAAUAAAAGACGAGGUCAUAAACUGUCAUUGCACAUUAAAAGCUGAAGAAAAAUAAAAUGUUUUAAGGCGUGAUUUAAAAUCCGUAAGUGAGGGGGCCUGUCUAAUAGUAAGUGGUAAUUGGGACUAGAGUUUUUUUAUUUACUGUUAUUUUUGUAUAUUUGUUUACUGCUAUAUGUUAACUUGAUACUGAAAUAGUAGUUUGGUUUAGCCUGAGAGUAUUUUUGAACAAUUUUGGAACUAAUGUACAAAACAUUUAAUAAAAAAAAAAAAAAAAAGUAGGGGGGUGCAUCAAUAAUCGUUUUAUAAUCGAAUCGGAGCCUCUGAAUCGUAAUCGUAAUCGAAUCGUUAGGUGCCCAAAGAUUCCCAGCUCUAACACGCACCCUAAUUUUAGCACCAAUAAAUAGAAGAAUACAAGAAAACAGAGCUCGUGUACUGAUACAGAAAUGUCAUUUUACUGACUGGUGAAACACAGCACAAGCAUAGCAUAUUGGUAGUUCAAAACAUUACCAUAAACUGACAAUAUUUACGGUAAUAAUACGAUUUGACAACUUCUCCAGCUUACCAGAAUCUAGGAGAAAACAAAACAGAUGUGACUGCUCGUUUCAUCAUGAUGAAUAAAUGUUUCUUCCAUGGAUUGAUACGGUAAAAUGAAAGUGAGAACGGAAGUCGGAAAUCCGUGAGAGCUCAUCGCUGUGACCACGACAGUUACAAUAGGAACUAUUGUUAUUUGGGAUUGAGUUUCCCGAGGGACAGAUAUAGUUGACGGACACAGUGAGUCUGUGUGCUUACAUUUGUUAUGGUCAGAGUUGCGGAGCUGCAAUAAACGUUGACUCAAAUGAGUUCAAGAAACUAAAUUCCGUGCUUUAUGAAGAGUAAAAAAAGCAGAAUUUAACACAAGACGAAAUCAUUCGGCCGAAUAGAGUGAAGUAUUACCGAAACAAAAUGGUGACGUCACGUACCGUAAUGGUCGGCAACGGGUCGCCGCAUACGUUUCUUCAACACAACGUGGCCGUGUCAAUAAAAAAAAAAAGUGGUUUAUAUAUAUAUAUA